AUGGUUGGUGGACAUCUUACCGACAAAUGUGUAACUUUUCACAAAGGUCAUCUUUGUGAGCUUCCUUUUCUUUCGGAAGUUUCUGGACAUUUGACAAGAAAGGAAAUAGCGCAGUUUGUGAGAGAAUAUUUUGCCUGUGCUGCUGUCAGCCAUAAACUACUGAAUAAGAUAGUUUCAUUCUGCGAGGACUCGUCCCAGCAGCAACUUCUUGGUGAUAUCCUUUGCAUGAUAUCUUCUCGUGUCAGAAGGUCUCACUUCCGGAAAUCACAUCGUAAUGCUUUGAAAUACAUUAUUGAACAACUUGAAGUGCGACAUGCUGAAAUUGGCUGGCAGUUGUACAUUUGCUUGACGAAUUCUAUGAUGGACAAUACACUAUAUGUAGAUAGAAUUUUUUUUGAUGAUUCUUUCACAAAGUACAUCAUUUUGCAAGAGAACCGUUCUCAUUUAUCCCAAGGAACCACUGGUCUCUCCUGUUGGCAGGCAUCUUGUGAUCUAGCGAAUUAUUUGUUGAAAUAUGGUCGUGAUUAUAUCAGCGGAAAUAAUGUUUUAGAACUAGGUGCUGGAUGUGGACUGCUCGGUAUCGCACUUGCUGCUGUUGGUUUUGUCAAAAGCAUUACACUUUCCGACGGGAAUAUUGAUGUAUUGAAUGUAAUUCGCGAUAACAUUCAGUUAAAUUUUCCGAAGAAUUGUGGUAUAUUUAACGUUAUUUUCCUUGAGUGGGAAGCUAUAAAUUUGGAAAACAUUCCCGUUUUACCAGAUAUUAUCUUUGCGGCAGAUGUUGUUUACGACCUUCUGGCAAUAAAACCACUUGUCCAUGCCAUUAAGAAACUUCUCAUUGCACUUACAAAAGAAAACAAGACUGGUCCAUAUUGUUUGCUAGCAAAUACAAUAAGGAACCAAGAAACUAUAGACAAAUUUGUAACUUGUACAGGCGAAAACGGACUUUCAAUAAGGAAUUGUUUUAUUUACGAGAAUAGUAUCUUUAAAUUUGCCACUAAAAAUAUAGAAGAUCAGUCAUUGUUUCCUUUCACGAGCAGUGUUCAGUGUCCCACAAUAUUUCAUGAAUUAAUAUUGAAGGAUUGA